AUUUGGUAUAAACAACAAUUCUACUUCAUUUUUGUGAAUAUUCAUCAUUUGUUUGGCAAAUUGAAAAGAUACAAAUAAGUGAUGAGGGGUGUUGGCUAGUAUUAACUAUUUCACUAGAGGAUAGUCUAGUGAGCACAGGCAUCAGCCGUGCAACGACGGCACAAAUAUGCCGUUUUACCGGAGAGGAGCCGCAUCGGAAGUGCCAUUGCUGAUACUUAUCAUCGCGGUUAGCGUUGGAGCCUUUGGUACUCGUAAUUCAGAAUGUUCGUUUCCAUCACGCUGGGAGGGUACAUGGUUCCAGAGCGGAGUCCGCCAAUCGAUACUCAUAUCGAAAAACAUCCUCUCCAGCAAAGGAACCUGCCUCCACAACGAGGGUGAUAAAUUUCUCUUGGUAGACGAAAAAUCUUGUUAUCGAUGCGUUGUUAUACACGAGAAACACUCCAACGUUCUACAGUACAAAGAAACAUACUGUCAUGGACGCAGCAGCCUGUCAUCCUUGUGCUCGUACAUAACCGGAGAUGCCCUGCUAUUCUCCAUGUUUCGGGAGGAGGCGACCUCGGUGCCGUGUCCCUUUCACGGCCCCAUGACUUUUACGUACAAUCGAGGACACGGCAGGUGUUCCAGCCCUCUGAGCAACGUCGAUACCUGCACCGAUGAAAGCAGACUGCUGUUCCGUUAUCAAGCCUGUCCCGACGUGCCGGCUUCCGAGAGUACAGUGGAGGAACUGGAGUGCCUGGCGACGUGGAAAGAGGGCAGCAAUCGCUACUUAGUUGGACGUCUGCAUAACGGACACUCCCUGAGCAACGAAGACCGCUAUCGCUGCUUCGUGUACGAGCGAGGUGGACAAAGCGUGGCCGGACUGAACCGGGCGGCUGCUGCGGCACUGGGCAUCGCCACGGUCAUAGAUCACGACCUGCCGGCCAGCGGUACUCUGGCCGAGGGCUCGUCCGAGAUCUACAAGGUCGCUCAGAGCGGAGAUGCUACCUGCAACGGACUGUCCAGUCCGCUCGAAGGCUCGAGGACGAUGACCCUGACCAAAGCGUCGUCACCGGGUAAAUGCUGGUUUCCAACCUGGCUGACCGGCAAGACGAGUCUGAUGUGGCACACCCUGGAUUUGUCAGCUGCCUAUACCUUCCACAUGAGUAACGCCUCGCUCCAAACAGUCAAAUCGAACGGCAGUGCUAGAAGUCCCGAGAGCCCCGCAAAUUUCCUCAACCUACCUGGCCAAGAGGAGCAUAACGUCAAGAUACUCUGCAACAGCGUGAAGGUGGCCGAUGUCGAGCAAAACAUCUACAUGAUCGUGGCUCAUUACACCGUUGGCUGUCAAAGUGGCUACAUGUGUAUGGCUUUUUACAAAAGGGAUGGUCACGUAGUCGAGCUACAAACUGGAAACACGGUCUCUAGAGCAGAAGAGGCAUGCAAUCCACCUCACUAUCAACAGCACAAAGUACCUUACGUCACUCUAGUCACGAGCUCGCCGGAGCCCCGUCAAUGCCCCUAUCUAGGCAAAUUUACUGUAACGAGCCUGAACGGUCACGCCCCGAAGAAGAGCAGUGGCGGCAUCGGUAGUGGCUUUAAAAGCUACUCCACAAAGAAUGAGCAGGCGAGACACGGACAGGAACGCAAGCUCGAGUUCGAGAUCGAGAAGCGCCGCGGCAACAAUCAAUACCUCGUGCACGAGCAGCAGGCGAGGCGGCGAGUCAGGUCGGGAAGCCAACAACAACAGCAGCAGCAGAAAGCUCAACCGAAAAUCCAUGGCAGCGAAUUGGAAUCGAGCCUAGAACAAAGGCUCGCCCAAGAGAGACUCUGGCUCAAGGCGGCUGGUCUUGCGGAAGCUCAUCAUCGUGCUGAUGAAGCACAUUUUAAGACGAAACACAGAUCUCAACGUCAAGCCCAAGUAGGUGACUUUCAGGCAGAUACGGACGACACGACGAAAAGUCGGCAAAUGGUAGUCGAUAAGGUGGCGGCAGCCCCAGGCGGUCAGCAACACUUCAGCUGGGUAGCGAGGAAAAAGAAGAGGCAGCAGCGCGAGCAGCGCGUUUAUCCCAGCAACCUCGGCUACUCGGAUCUAUUGAGAAUGAAGCGAGAUAUGGAGGAAGACGAAGAGGACGUGGACGAGGAGGAGGACGAGGAUUAUCAAGACUACGAGGAGCGCAGAAGACGCCGAAGGAAACGUCAAGACGUGCUCGAGGAGGAGCCGCGCAGGUGUAACUCCGACGUAACGACACUGACGGUCGGCUGUUCGACGGCCGAUAGGAUGGAAUUUCAAAGCGAUUGCGUCGAAGAAGACAUCGCUUACUCGUGCCACGGGCGUUGGUUCGACGCCGAGGGAACUCAGUUCGUGAUAGCGACGCAAGUGGUGCGACGGCCACCGCCCGCCUGGUCGGGAAUACCCGAGGUGACCCGGGCCCAGCCGCUGCGCAACACGCGUCGGCUCUGCUUCAUGUAUCGCGAGAGCGGCGGAGUCGUCAGUCUGUCGGCGAGCUCGGUGGCCUGCCAACGGGGCAUGCCCUCGCCGGCGCCGCUACUCGCCUUCAACGCCACCAGCAUAGGUCAAUGCGUGGACGGCGCCAGCAGCCUCGGACAAUCCAUCUACUUGACGCUCUGUACUCUGAUGUUCGUUCUGGUAGCGUACAGGUGAUUCUAAUUGCUACGGCGAACGACCAGUCGCUCAUCCACCACUGCCACUAUACGGAGUGAGGUAGUCUAAAGCAAGUUGCAGGUACAUCGAAGGCCCAACGCGAACAAACGAAAAGUAUAUUACAUGCGGCAAUGCGGGCUCGCCUCCGAGCGACUCGGAGCUUGCACGCCGCAGUACGGCUGACCUGGAUUUACGAACGUGUAACAUAGUCUCGUAACACGUCGACGUGUAAAUAUAACGUAUACU